AAAAACAGUUAAUAGGUGUGUCUGGUUACCCUAAAGUUUGUAACAAUUGUUACAAAUUGUUACUGGAAGUCGUCUGUUAACCCAAAAGUUCUGCAAAAGAGAGCGGUUGGAGAGAGAAAUUUUGACAGUUCUUUCAGUGAGAGUUUGCAAAUUCUUGCUGGAAAAAUUUCUUCUUGCAAUCUCUUGCAACUCUUCUUCUUCUCAUACAUCGACAUUCAAUCAGAUGUUUUCUAUUGUUUGUUUAUUUAUUUUUGUGCUUUCAAUUUGAAAAUAAUUUUUUUUGGAAUUAGCAAGACUAAUUGUUUUUGGAGAAAAACUUUACAAAACGAGAAAAACAAAAAUGACGGAAGAAGAUCAGUGUGUCUCUGUAGCCAGUGGCAGUAAAUUAUUAAGCCCAAAUAUGGAUUUGGAUAUGCAGAAAGAAACAAUUGUUAAGGUGGUUACUACAUUGUUGAUGGAAUCAUCCUCAUCUGAAAGUGAUGAUGAUGAUGAGGUAUUUUUUCAAGCAAUAUUGAUAAGAGAGGACAAACUUUUCCAUGAUGUUUUACAUAUUACGAAGAAAAACAAAAGAAAUGCGGUCAAAAAAUACAUUGAAUGUAUUGUGCCCACAUACACGGAGGAAGAAUUUAGAAGACAUUUCCGUGUAUCAAAAAGCCUAUUUAAAAGCCUAUGUCAAAGGUUAUCCAACUGGGACAUGUAUAAAAAAAUGCGUCCAGACAAGAAAUUCUCAGAAGAGACGAAUAUCCUGGUAUUUUUGUGGUUUGCCGGCCACGAGGCGUGCAGUUAUAGAGACAUUGCAGACCGAUUCGAUCUAUCUCUGUUUACGGUAGGUGCAAUUAUAUCAAGGAUAUCUCUCUUUUUGAGUUCGAUGAGCCCGGAAGUCAUAAAAUGGCCUACGAAGGAGGAAAAAAGAAGGUCCGCACAAUUUUUUGACAACAAAUGUUUUUUUAAAAAGGCAAUAGGUUGUAUUGACGGCACACAUAUCGUUAUUGACCCUCCCAGCUCUGGAAAGGAUGAUUAUGUCGAUAGGAAAGGCGAUGUAACUUUAUGCUUGCAAGGUAUAUGUAACCAAGAAAAGAAAUUUAUUAAUAUAUUUGUUGGGUAUCCUGGCUCAUGCCACGACAGCUGGGUUUUCAGAAAUUCGCCGAUUGGGGGAAAGUUGUCUACGUACUGUGAAGAUUACUAUCUACUCGGUGAUUCGGCAUAUCCCUGUAACCAAUUCUUAAUUACCCCAUAUAAAGAUAAUGGCCAUUUGACCAGAGCUCAAAAGCAGUUCAACAUUAAAUUGAGUUCAGGUCGGGUAUGCAUUGAGCAUACGUUUGGGAUAUUAAAGCAAAGAUUCAGGCAGCUAUACUACUGCAAACUUAGAGGGAUCAAAAAGAUUUGUCACUUUAUAAGAGCCUGCUGCGUAUUGCAUAAUUUAGCAAACGAAGAUGAUAUCGAUUUCACGUCUGAAAUCACUACAAAUCAAACGCAAGAAACCAAUGAAUUGACAAAUGUGUCUCAGGGUAAUAUUGUAAGAGACCCCAUUUGUCAGUAUAUACAAAAUAAAAGUAAUUGACCAAAUAUUUUUUUUUAAAUUUCAUAUUAAUUAAGAUGUAUUUAUUAUUGAAGAAUUCAUUUGAUUCUAUAACGAAUCAUUUUUAAUAAUAAAAUUCAUUAAAUA